AUGCCAGUCGGUCUGAAUGACCUUCCUAUUGAGCUUUUAGUGAAAAUUACUGACUACCUGACAGUGAAAUCAUGCUUGGAACUGGCUAAGGUGACACCAAGACUAUCUGAUGCUGUUGCUCUAUCACUAAAGAACACUAACUGCCACAUUCAAGGAUAUUGGCGUGGAAGAGAUCCAAAGUUUGAAAUAAUUUUCGAACGACUGGGAGAUGAAGUGAUGCUAGCCAGGAAUGUGGCAUCUUCCAUAUUGAGCCGACAAAUGUAUUGAAGGACGAAUUGAAAGAAGUGUUUGCGUCAUUUUGGUCACUUGGACACCUAUCGAUUUCACUGGAUACUGACAACUGUUCAAAAGAGCAGGAUGUCUACGGAAGGUCAAAAACGUUUUCGCUUUCAUUUUUGAAAAAUCUCCACCAUAUUAAAGAAGUUGAGUGGGAUUGCGAUUUGAACCUCAGACUGACUGAUAUCCCUAAGAACUGCUCACUGAUAUACUGCACUAGCAAUGCUUAUGACAAUAUAACUAACAAAUAUCUGGAAGGCCUGCGCAAUGCUCAAAGACAUAUCUUCUCAGAUCGUGAUUUUACCGCACUUUCCAGUAAUCACGAAGCUCAAUAAAAUGUUUUCUUC